CUGUCUACAACAUGCAUUCCUUAGUGUGUCUCAGCAUGUGUGUGGUGAUCGGUUACACGGUAGACUUGGGUCUACGGUACAUGUGUAGAAUAUCAUCUCUACAGCUAUAAACAUACUCAGGAUCUAAAUAUGCUUGGUUCUCUUGGUUCUUGACAAGAAUCCCACGUAUGUUAGAAUGUUCCUAUCAUUCCAUGAUACGUCCCUGUAGCUUAGUGGUUAAAGCGUUCACUUGAUACACCAAAGACCAAGGGUUUGAUUUUCCACAUGGGUACAAUGUGUGAAGCCCAUUUCUGGUGUCUCCUGCUGUGAUAUUGCUGAAAUAUUGUGUACUCGUACUCACUUGUUUGAAGCCUGUGUACCUGUGCUGGUCGUUAGAAUCGGUCCCCAGGUACCUGUGCUGGUCGUUAGAAUCGGUCCCCAGGUACCUGUGCUGGUCGUUAGAAUCUGUCCCCAGCAACCUGUGCUGGUCGUUAGAAUCGGUCCCCAGGUACCUGUGCUGGUCGUUAGAAUCUGUCCCCAGGUACCUGUGCUGGUCGUUAGAAUCGGUCCCAAGCAACCUAUGCUGGUCAUUAGAAUCGGUCCCCAGCAACCUAUGCCGGUAAUUAGAAUCUGUCCCCAGGUACCUGUGCUGGUCGUUAGAAUCGGUCCCCAGCAACCUAUGCCAGUCGUUAGGAUCUGUCCCAAGGUACCUGUGCUGGUCGUUAGAAUCAGUCCCCAGCAAACUAUGCUGGUCAUUAGAAUCGGUCCCCAGCAACCUAUGCCGGUCGUUAGAAUCUGUCCCCAGGUACCUGUGCUGGUCGUUAGAAUCGGUCCCCAGCAACCUAUGCUGGUCGCUAGAAUCUGUCCCCAGGUACCUGUGCUGGUCAUUAGAAUCUGUCCCCAGGUACCUGUGCUGGUCGUUAGAAUCUGUCCCCAGGUACCUGUGCUGGUCGUUAGAAUCGGUCCCCAGCAACCUGUGCUGGUCGUUAGAAUCUGUCCCCAGGUACCUGGGCUGGUCGUUAGAAUCGGUCCCCAGGUACCUGUGCUGGUCGUUAGAAUCUGUCCCCAGCAACCUGUGCUGGUCGUUAGAAUCUGUCCCCAGGUACCUGGGCUGGUCGUUAGAAUCGGUCCCCAGGUACCUGUGCUGGUCGUUAGAAUCGGUCCCCAGCAACCUAUGCCGGUCGUUAGAAUCAGUCCCCAGCAACCUAUGCCAGUCUUUAGAAUCUGCCCCAAGGUACCUGUGCUGGUCGUUAGAAUCAGUCCCCAGCAAACUAUGCUGGUCAUUAGAAUCGGUCCCCAGGUACCUGUGCUGGUCGUUAGAAUCGGUCCCCAGCAACCUAUGCUAGUCGCUAGAAUCUGUCCCCAGGUACCUGUGCUGGUCAUUAGAAUCUGUCCCCAGGUACCUGUGCUGGUCGCUAGAAUCGGUCCCCAGGUACCCAUGCUGGUCGCUAGAAUCUGUCCCCAGGUACCUGGGCUGGUCGUUAGAAGCACCUUACUGAAUCAGUUGGUCAGACUCGGUGACUUUGUUGAUUGUGUGUCAUCGUACCCCCAUGAUGUGGAUCAUUGCUCAUAAUAUCAAUCACUUUCGAGACCCAAUUAUUUACAGGCCGCUGUCAGAUAGCUGGAAUAUUGAUACAUAAAAUGGGGGGGUGUCAGCAAAAUGUGAUACAGUCCUUAGACCAAUUUCGCCUCCUCCCACCCCUCCUCCAUAUUAAUUAAACUGUUCCUAAUGAAAUGCUUCUCCUUAUGGAGGGGCGGUCGGGUAGCCUCGUGGUUAAAGCGUUCGCUCGUCACGCCGAAGACCCGGGUUCGAUUCCCGACAUGGGUAAAAUGUGUGAAGCCCAUUUCUGGUGUCCCCCGCCGUGAUAUUGCUGGAAUAUUGCUAAAAGCGGCGUAAAACCAUACUCACUCACUCACUCUCCUUAUGGAAAUGCUUUCAAACAAUAAGUAUGAAAUUUAGAGUUAGCAAGAACAUUAUUGAUCAGUGAUAACCAAGAGAAACAAGAACUCCUUUUUGUGUCUAUAUUGAGGAUUUUUAUUGUGUGAAGACAAAUAAUAAUUUCAUGCAUGUGAAUUUGAUGUGUGUUUUUUGUUUUGUUUAAACUUUUUUUCACGUUUAAAUUUAUUUUUGGGAUAUUCU